CACAGAACCAAACAGGUUUAAGAGAUGUCAAGAAAUAUUUUCUCUGUUGAUACCUAGAACCAAGGUACAUAUAAUACAGGUAGCACCACUUCUACCAAGCCUAUUGAAGCCAGAAAUUAAAAUGUCUUUUUUCCCAGAGUUUUCUGAUGGCCAUUAUCAAAGACGAGAAUUUUACUUUUACUUCUGGUGAUCAUAACAAUAUCGAGUAAAUAAUACAAGUAAUUAUGUAUUCAGAUGUAUCUCAUAACACACAGUGCAUCCUCAUUGGCUAAAUGCGAUGACGUCAUGAGCUCCACCCCAUUUUUCCCCGUUAGUCUAUACGAAUGUACUUGUGUAACCAGAGAAUUUGAUGUAGAUUUUAAUUUACACACAAAUAUAUCCGACACCCCCACAAAAAUAUGAACUAAAAAAAAAAAAAGAAAACGAAGACAAAAAUUCAACUCAAAUUAACCUCGUCCAUAGGUAUGGGCGGGGCUUAUCGUGUCGACGCUCCUGAUUGGUCCAGUGCUCGCGGGGGUGAGUUGCCUAAUGGGAUUUUACCUGAGGGAGAGGCCUGAGUGUUCCACCCGGACUUACGCCUUUCACAUGUUCCGGAGUUUGGCCAUGCAGGGAAACCUUAUUUCAGCUCCUCAUUGGCCUCUUCGAUUUAUCUUCUUCUUUUGGUAUCUCUUCUGUUUUUAUAUUUAUGCAAUGUACUCGGGGACACUGACAGCCUUCCUUGCUGUCCCUAACUAUGAGAGGCCGAUCGACACCUUGUGGGAUUUGUUGAGGGCCUGUGAAGAAGAGGGUUACCAGACCCUGCUCACUUAUGACACGGCUACUGCCCAUCUUUUUAAGAAAUCCACCUCUGGCAUAUACAAGGAGAUCUGGGACCGAUUCCAGCCCGAUAAUGGCUACGUUUUAAAUACGGAAGAAGGAGUUCGUAAGAUAUAA